AUGCCUUCACCGUUACAUGGCUUCGGCAUUGCGAUUAGUGGUGGUGAUGGAGGAAGUAAUAAAAGUGAUGUUAUGGUUGUUAGAGAUACAUCAUUUCAAGAAACGGAUAGUAUAGAGGGCAAGAAUAAUAGAAAAAAUAAUAUAUCCGAUCAUGAAUCAUCGUUAAUCGUAUGCGAUGUUGUUCGAGCCGGACCAGCAGACGGAAAAUUAUUAUCAAACGAUCAAAUAAUAAGUGUAAACGGAUAUUCUGUUGACAAUAUGGAACAUUCAGCAUUAAAAUUAAUUCGUGAAUCAACAGAUUUUGUAAAUUUGGUUGUUCGUCGUCGCAAACAUCCUGUACUUGUCUCUGAUGUUGAACCAACAAAAUUAACGUUACAAAAAACGAAAAAAGAUGAAUUUGGUAUUGUGUUAGGCUGUAAAUAUUAUGUAAAAAAAAUUCAUCGACGAAACCUAAUUGAAAAAGAAAAUCCAAUCAAUGAAGGAGAUGAAAUAAUUAAAAUCAAUGAGACACCAAUAGAUCGUUUAUCAUUAAUCGAUGCUCAAAAACUUGUAGAUAGAGCUAAAGAACGUUUAAUAUUAUUUGUUUUACCUCGACAUAAUAAUCAUCAAAGUCAACAAGAACAAAUACAUAUGAAUAACGAUAGCAAUAUGAAUAAAAAACUAUCAUACGGAUCGAUAAAUAAAAAUAUUAUUCAAAAAAAUGAAAAUGGCAAGGAUCGUUCUUAUCAAUAUAAUAAUCAUCGUUCCAAUCUCGAAACGAAUAUUCCAAUUGUUGUUAAUGAUUUCAAUCCUAAACAACAUCAAAAUGGUGUUCCAUACGAUAAUUUACAUAAUAAACAUUCUUUGACUAUUCCGGUGAACAAACAAGACUUACAGUCGAACUAUAAUGCUCAUAUAUUUAAUAAUAUCUCACAACAAUACCCGUACACUCAACAAGAACGUAUUAAUAGGCAACAUCAGCAACUACACCAACCAUCUUCUAUUGUACAACAAAAUCCAACGGCAACUCAGACAUCAUUACAACAACAACAACAACAAAACGAGACUAGAGGAAUAACCAAUGUACCAGACAUCAUAGUAAAUUAUAAACAUGAUUUUAAUAAAUCGAGUAGCAGUUUGACACGUUAUGUCUCAUUUUUAACGGAUACAACAAGUAUGGGUAUUCGUCUAGCUGGUGGUGAUAAAUAUGGAAUAUUUAUUUGUGAAGUUCAAGUUGGCAGUGUUGCUUAUAAAGCUGGUUUACUUAUUAGUAAUAAGAUUGAAACUGCAAGUUAUUUUUUCCAGGUUAAUAAUGUCGACUUUACUGGUUUAACACGAGAAGAUGCUGUUCUUUGUUUGAUGAAUAUGAAAAUUGUUCAAGUUACUAUGAUUGUUUCAAAUCUGAGACACGAGUAUGAACAACUGUUAGCCGAUGUUGGGGGUGAUUCGUUUUACGUUAGAGCCCAUUUUACCUAUAACUCUCAAGCUGUCGAAGAUUUAUCAAUACGUGUAAACGAUAUAUUUCAUAUAACUGAUACAUUGUACAAUGGUCAAGUGGGCUCCUGGGUGGCUACGAAAGUGAAUGCAUCAUCAGAAAAAACAACAGGUGCAAUACCGAAUAAAGCCAGAGCUGAACAAAUAGCGUCCUUAGCACCCAGUUUAGAUGUACUAAUUAAAUCAAAACCAUCAUUGAAACGAAAAUUGAGAUCACGAUUUAGCGAAAAACGUUCACAUUCAGUAUCAUCACUGCAACUAAAAGAAGAUGCAUUAUUUGCUUCGUCAACAUCAAAAUUCCCAGCCUAUGAAAGAGUGGUGCUCAAAGCAGUAACAAUCACUCGUCCUGUCGUAUUAUUUGGCGCGUUGGCCGAUAUUGCUCGAGAUCAUCUACUCAAAGAUUGGCCAGAAAGAUUUGAAUUGCCAAAAAUUGAUAUAAGUUCACCAACGAAAAUACGAGCAAAUGUUAUCAAACUUCAAACGAUAAAAAAUAUUAUACAAAGAAAUCGUCAUUGUUUACUCGAUAUUACACCAGCAGCUGUUGAACAAUUAAAUUAUGCUCAAUGUUAUCCAAUUGUUUUAUUUUUAAAACCAACUGAUCGUCGACAAAUAAAAGAUAUUCGAACAAAAUAUGGAAAAUUAUAUCAGAAAUCUACGAGACGUUUGUAUGAAUCCAGUGAACGUUUAGAAUUAUUAUAUUCUUAUCUAUUUACAACUGAAAUAAAAUUGAACACUGAUAAUUGGUAUAAACAAGUGAUAGAGACAAUUGAAAUUCAACAAGAACAACCUAUUUGGAUGUGUGAUGAUCGACCAGCUGAUAAAAAUUUAAAUUCUAAUGAAUAUUUUAUAUCUACUCGUCAUAGUUAUACAGGUAAUUCAAGUCCCGACUCCGAUAUUAUUGAUUCAUUUAAAAAUAUUACAUGUUUCGAUGAUUACAAUAAUGAAAAUAAUAAUAUGAAUAGAAAUAAUUUACAACGUGUUGCCUCAGAUCCAGUUAUGUUUCCAAGACUAAAUGGAGAAUCAAAUCAAGAUAAUCUGAAAAAUUGGCACAAGAUGAAUGAAUAUUCGCCUUAUUCAUCAAAUAAUCAUGAUGAAAAUGAGGAUGAUGAUAAUUUUAAUGAAGAUGAUAAUAGUACUUCCAUACAACAUUCAACAAUGUCAUUACCAAAUCGUAGUCAUUCAGUAUCUGACGUACAAAUGUAUAAUUCAAAAAAUGCUAAAAAUCCAAUAAAUUCGUUGAAUAUAAUAAAAAAUUUACCAACAGAAUAUCCACAUUGUCGUCUAAAAACAAUUCAUGAUGUUGUUGAAUCUACAAAUACUGGUAGAAUUCACUCAUUUACAAACAAAUAUGUUACGGCGAGUAAUCAACUAAUUAAUAGCACACGUCCAACGUCUGCUCAAACAGCAUCAAAUAUUUUUCGUUCCGAUUCCAUGCCUCAUGUCGAUGACAACUUUAUUCAACGUUUAUAUCAACGAUCAAUCAAUCAUCAGCAACAAGACAUAGAUCAAUUUCAAAACGUUUCCACACAUUCGUCUAAUGCUCACAGUUUGAAAAACACACGUCGUCCACUGCUCGCACCAAAAUUACGCAAUGGAACAAUUGCAGGAAGUAGCGGUGAUACUCGUCUAAUUACAAGUAAUAGCGGUGGAUCUUUAUCACGACGUCCACAAUCUGAAUAUAAUUUAAAUGUCAAUAGUAAUCAACAAAUACCAUCAAAUGGAUAUCAUAAUAAAAUUUACCCUGUUAUCCCUAAAUCUCGACAAUAUCCACCAUUAUCAUCAUUAUUAUUAAAUCAAAAACAUGAUCUAAUUGAUAAAUCAACAAUGACAAUGAGUGCAGCAGAAAAAAAUUCGAUUAAUAUUUAUGCAACAUGGAACAGACCUAAUAGUGGUGUUCAUCAUAAAGCCAAUACCACUUCUUUAUUCAACAACGUUACAAAUGGUCAUUCGCCUAAAUUCCGUAAUGGAACUGGUCCACUUAUCACUGAACGUCGAGUACAUCAGAACGGUGGUGGCAGCUCGUCUGAAUUACCCAGUAGUGCUGCAAGUAGUUUAAUGUCCGAUCAUUAUCAUCCAAACGAGAAUAGUCAAUAUUCCACGAAUGAUACAAAUAAUCAUCAUCAUAAUUUUACAUCAAUAAAUUCUAAUGAUCGAUCUAAUAGUACUAUAUGUUGUACGUCACUCAGUACACUUGAUAAUCAAAAUGAUGAAAAUCAAGUACGUUUACUACUACAACAGAAAAUGUGCAGUAGUAAAAAACAUAAUCAUAGUAAUUCGAAUAAAUCAUCAUUAACAUCAAUAAAAAAUAAAAUACGUCAACCGAUAACUAAUACGAAUGGUGAUCAUAAUGACAAUCAAUUUCGUUCAUAUUCCUAUACUGCAGCGACGAAUGAACAACAUCGAUAUCAUCAUAUACCAGUUACAUAUCAAGAGCAAACAGCCGAUUUGAAUCAAAUAUCAAAUUUAAAAAAACCAAGAGUAUAUAAUCAAAAUGAUUAUAUUUCUCAAACAACAACACAUCGUCAAUAUACGAAUGGAAAUGAUGCUAAAAAUAAUUCGACAUCUUCGUCUGCAUCAUUGUCAGUCAAAAAUUAUACAGAUGCGAAAUGUGUUGACCAAAGAUCCUGGAUCCAAGAUGAAAAUAAUGUUAUUGGCAGUGCUCGUGGUAUUAUGGAUUAUUACGGUGGAAUACUGUCAUGCCCUAAAACAGGUGUUUCAAUUACUGUACCAGAAGGAGCCAUUCCUCAUAAUAUUAAGCAAGAGAUAUAUUUUAAAGUAUGUCAAGACGGUGUUAAUAUUCCAACAUUCAAUCAAAAACAAGGUGAACGUUUGUUAAGUCCAAUAGUAAUGUGUGGACCGCAUGGCAUCAAAUUUUUGAAACCAGUAGAACUUUUACUUCCCCAUUGUGCUGGUAAUGAUGCGCAAGAAUUAGCUUUAAUGUUACAUGGAACAAAUAAUGGUAGACCAUCUGUUGUACUGGAUGGAUUUCAUGUAUCAAUUCGUUUCUUUUUCGUUUUAGUGGUACCUACUGAUGAGAGAAUAUCUGUUACAAAUGCAAAUAAUAUUAAUGGAAAAUUGACGGGUAUUAAUCAGGUUACAAGUUCAAAUGUUUCUAUUUUAGUUGAUCAUUUCUAA